CGAGGGCAGUCGCCGGUCCCCGUGCAGCGCCGCCCCUCGGGCUGGGGAACUUGUCCCGCGCGCCUCGUCCGCAGCCGCCUGCGCCUCCUCGGCCGCGGACCCCCCAUCUCUGGCCGCGGCCGCGCGGCUCUCGCUUACAAAGGAGGGAAAAAUGCGGCGGGCGGCGGCGCAGCGCGGGGGCCCCCGGGCGGCGGGGAUGGCGGCCGCCCCCGGCACCACGUAAGACGCCCCCGCGCGCCCAGCCUCGGCCCAGGCCCGAGCCCCGCAGCUAGGCGAGCGCUGCGCGUCGCCUGCGGCCCGCGAGGAGGCGGAGGAGCAGGACGAGGCGCCGCCUUCCCCGCGCCGCGCGCCCUCGCCCGCCGUUGUCUGCGCUGCGCUGGACCAGUUUCGCGAAGUUGCCGGGGCCCUACGCCGCCCAGAUGUGCGACCUCAUUGAACCGCAGCCGGCCGAGAAGAUCGGCAAGAUGAAGAAGUUGAGGAGAACUUUGUCCGAGAGUUUCAGCCGCAUCGCUCUGAAGAAAGACGACACCACCUUUGAUGAGAUAUGUGUCACCAAGAUGUCUACCCGGAACUGCCAGGGAAUGGAUUCAGUGAUCAAGCAUCUGGACACAAUUCCUGAAGAUAAAAAAGUCAGGGUUCAGAGGACACAGAGCACCUUUGACCCAUUCGAGAAACCAGCCAAUCAAGUCAAAAGGGUCCAUUCUGAAAACAAUGCUUGCAUUAACUUUAAAUCCUCCUCUGCUGGCAAAGAGUCACCUAAAGUUAGGCGGCACUCCAGCCCCAGCUCGCCAACAAGUCCCAAAUUUGGAAAAGCUGACUCAUACGAAAAACUGGAAAAACUAGGGGAAGGAUCUUAUGCAACAGUAUACAAAGGGAAAAGCAAGGUGAAUGGGAAGCUGGUGGCUCUAAAGGUGAUCCGGCUGCAGGAAGAAGAGGGUACACCUUUCACGGCCAUCAGGGAAGCUUCCCUGUUGAAAGGACUAAAGCAUGCAAACAUUGUGCUGCUUCACGACAUCAUCCACACUAAGGAAACACUGACCCUUGUCUUUGAAUAUGUGCACACUGAUUUAUGUCAGUACAUGGACAAGCACCCUGGAGGACUCCAUCCAGAUAAUGUGAAGUUGUUUUUAUUUCAGCUGCUGCGAGGGCUGUCUUACAUCCACCAGCGUUAUAUUUUGCACAGAGACCUGAAACCGCAGAACCUUCUCAUCAGUGAUACGGGGGAGUUGAAGCUGGCAGAUUUCGGUCUGGCAAGAGCAAAAUCCGUCCCUAGCCACACAUACUCCAAUGAAGUGGUUACCUUGUGGUACAGACCUCCAGAUGUUCUUCUGGGCUCUACAGAAUAUUCCACCUGCCUUGACAUGUGGGGAGUUGGCUGUAUCUUCGUUGAGAUGAUCCAAGGAGUUGCUGCGUUUCCAGGAAUGAAAGACAUUCAGGAUCAACUUGAACGGAUAUUUCUCGUUCUUGGAACACCAAAUGAGGACACGUGGCCUGGAGUUCAUUCUUUACCACAUUUUAAGCCAGAACGCUUUACCGUGUACAGCUCUAAAAGCCUUAGACAAGCAUGGAAUAAACUGAACUAUGUAAAUCAUGCUGAAGACCUGGCCUCCAAGCUUCUCCAGUGUUCCCCAAAGAACAGGCUAUCAGCACAGGCCGCCUUGAGCCAUGAGUAUUUCAGCGAUCUGCCCCCGCGGCUAUGGGAGCUGACUGAUAUGUCUUCUAUUUUUACCGUCCCAAAUGUGAGAUUGCAACCCGAAGCUGGAGAGAGCAUGAGGGCCUUUGGAAAAAACAAUAGUUAUGGGAAAAGCCUAUCGAACAGCAAACACUGACAAGCCCAGCACCCUCGUGAGAACACAGGAAAAAGAGAUGCUUAGUGUUUCCUGAGGGAAUUGGGGUGGAAGACGGAUGGGGUCUCUCCCUAUCCCCUGCUCAGCAGACUCCUCUCCAAUGCAGGAACUGUGCUAACUCGUGUUUCUCGUCAGUUCACGGUGGCGGCCUACCUACCGUCUGCAGCGCGCACUGCACAGGCACUCCAGUUAAUGGGUCUGUGGAAAGUCCAUCUGUGGAACUGUGCUGAGGAACAGGCUAAUAGCAUGACUUCAGCAGCCUGGCACAGAAUGUGACUGACUCAUUAAAACCUCAGUCAAAAAGAGAUGGCUCCAACAACAGAGUCAAGGUUGGGUCUCUUCUAAGGAGAGCAGUGGAGACUCCCAGUUCCGUCUGGAAUGGAGGAACAGCUGGACUCCCAGUUCUGUCUGGAAUGGGUUCCAGUCUUUAUCCCUGAGCUUGUUGCCCUUUCUGCUCUUUCCCGUUUGUGGCUCCAGUCUUUAGCUGGAGACACCUGUAUGCUUCUCAUUUUGGUGUAACAAAGUGCCUGCCUUGCCAUCUCCCUUCUUCUAAUAACCUUGGAGGCCACCACAUAGUGACUCUGUUGCUCCUGCCAGGGUUCCCAGCUCAUUCUCUGCGGCAGUUUAAAAGCGAAACCUCACUUCCAUCCCUCACGUUCCUGUAAAGGUGUGGGUCCUGCUGUCAGUAUUUAAACCUGUGAUAGGCUUCCUGCAGGCAAUAUUUCACAAGGCAUGGAGCAGGUGAAUUAAAGGAAUUAGGACUUAAAAAAUUAAAUUAUGGAGCCUUCUUCUUUCACAGGACAUGGUCCUAUUUUCAGAUGUUUUUAUUAGAAUAAAUGGAAAAACACUUUGGAUGGGAGAAAAUGCCACAUGAGUACAAAAUGCUAGUGUUUGCUUCUCACAGUAGUGUAUGUGUGUUCUGAAAUUACAUAUUUUACAGUUUAUCGUGACUAUCAUAACACUAUAGCAACUAAUGGCAUAAUAACAUAAAGAUGCUCAGACACUUAAACAUAGCAACCUGUGACUUCAUGGGAAGUACAGGCACACUGGAGAACUUUGCUGUUCUUGGCUGAAGCUUCCACAUGCCAGUAUUCAGUGAUCAGUCUGAUGAAGGAAGAGCUCAUCACUGCCAUUGUCAAGUAGUUUCAUGGUGCAGUGUGGGGAGCUUAGCUGCCUUUCCAACAGCCACAUCUCAGAGCAAGGGACCAGCCUUCAUCCCUGCUGACAUUUUCUAGUUAGGAAAAAAAAAAGACUGCUAUAAAGCAUUUUGUGACAGUGUUCGAGGGUGUUCUUUUAAUAGGUAGUGUAAUGUGCUAUUCCUGUUCCUAACUGUUAAAGAAAAUUCUACAGUAAAACUUUAGGGACUAUAAUCAGUUUACCAUUGUAAAUUCAUAUAACAUGACAAUGCUCACUCACAGCAGGUGCAAAAGAGUAACACAGUUUGAUGCCUGAAGUAAAGGCUGGGUGCCAAAUUUGGCAAGGGGAAAGCGCCAGAGGGUUCAGGGAGAGUGGUACAGCCAACAGUUCAUCCCAAGACAGAGCCUGUAGCCACAGCACACAGAAAGGGAUCAAGUCGGGUAAAAGAGCCUUGUGUAAGGUGCCAUGCGCAUCUUUGGCUAGAAUGCAACUGUAUUUAUGUAUUCUGCAAGUGGUUGCUGUUACUUUAUACUUCAAGAAUAGAGAAUUAGAAAUUUCCCAUGAGCCUGCUACACUGACAUCAUUAAUCUACCAAAUGAUUAUAUGUUAUCUAUGUAUGCUAUAAAAAUUAAUUUUAGCUUUGCAAGUUUUACUAAGUAUAAGUUCAUCAAGUAGAUGCAAAAUUGAAGGUGAUCAUAAACACUAAAUUCAAAACCUUAAGCAUCUAACAGUUUGGACCAUAGUACUGCAUUAUUACUUUAAAAAAAAAAAAAAAAGCAUGGGUUUACCCAAAAUGGAGUCAUACCUUCUCUCAAAUAUUUUAAUUAAAAUGCAAUGUGAACCUCUGUGCUUGUCUGACUGCUAAAUACUAUAAGCAGUCUUGCGGGAUUUGUGUGUGUGCCCAUGGUAAGUUGUGAAAAGUGCUCACACUGCUGAAUUCCAUGACAUUGCACUUAAUUUAUUUAAAUAUAUCUUAAUGAGCCUGUGAUGUAUAAGGAGGGUUAAGGCAUCAGAAUCCCGUUUAAUUAUCUUACAUUCACUUGGGUACCAGUCACUUGUAAAGGUAUGCUAAGCAAAUUAAAAAAAGCUUCAAAUGAUAAGAAAUCCUUGGCAGGAGUGAGCCAGCUUGGUGAAGACUGUCCUAUUAGCUUUGUUGUUGAAAUAGUUGCAGUGAAAUAAUUUAGACCUCAUGGGACUUUUAAAAUAUUUGAUAUACAUGUAAUUAUAACUUAAUGUAUUGGUAUAAUAUUUAAUUUUCUGUAAAUUUGUAUGUAUAAUGCAUGAUUGUGUCUUGGCUCUAAGAAGACUGCAUUGAAUCUCCCUAGGCCCUCCUGGCACUCCCUAAGGUGGGCACCAGUCUGGAAGCUGUCAGUCUUUUGUCUAUCUGUGUCUAAACUAUGACCAGUGUUUGGCAUUUGCAUAAACUCAAUUUAAUAAACAGUCGCAUCCUUUUCAGUCAAUACUGGUCCUGCAUCGUAUAAUGCCUGGCCUUUCAUCAAGACUUCAAUAAAUGUUUGUUGUUGCUAAUGA